CGACACGAUGACUACGAUGGCCUGCCGACACUUGUUUACCCGGCUACUCAGAGUUUCAGCUCAUAGAACUUGCAUUCCGUAUCAUUCGUACUCAGCAACAGUCACCACAGGUUGUAGCAAGUUAAAAUUUGAUUACGCUGCGAAAAGAUACUGCUCGAUAAUGGCGCUGAAACGGGACGAGAUACUGCUUCUGUUUGACGUGGACGGCACGUUGACGAAGCCGAGGAACUGUAUCGAAAAGGACUUUAAGGAGUUCCUGUAUGGGGAGGUUCGUCCACGGGCCACCGUUGGGCUUGUGGGUGGAUCGGAUCUGGAGAAGAUGAUGGAACAGCUGGGCGGACGGGAGAUUCUGGACAAGUUCGACUACGUGUUUCCCGAAAACGGGCUGAUUCAGUUCGAGAAGGGUUCGGAGGCUGGGCGGGUAUCGAUCUCGGAGCACUUGGGAGAGGAGGUUUUGCAGAGGUUUUUGAAUUACGUGUUACGGUAUUUGUCGGAAGUGAAGAUUCCGGUUAAACGUGGGACGUUUAUCGAGUUUCGGAAUGGGAUGAUGAACGUGAGUCCGAUUGGGCGGAACUGUUCGCAGAAGGAGCGCAAUGAGUUUGAGCAGUACGAUAAGAAGCACCAGGUUCGACAGCAAAUGAUCGAUGCGUUGAAGAAGGAGUUCAGCGAGGUUGAUCUAACGUACAGUAUUGGAGGACAGAUUAGCUUCGAUGUGUUCCCGAACGGGUGGGACAAAACGUACUGCCUGAGACACGUUACCAAAGGAACAAACUUCAAAGAGAUCCAUUUCUUCGGAGAUAAGACUGAUCCCGGUGGUAACGACUACGAAAUCUUCACCGAUUCGAGGACGAUUGGACACAAGGUAACCUCCCCGGAUGAUACCAAACGUCAGCUGAUUGAACUGUUGAAGAUCUGAUCUCCAAAGCAUUUAUUGUCAACAACGGCUGUUAAUAUUACAAAUUAAAUCGUUUUAAUAAAGAAUGAAAUCUACGCUUUGAGCAAAGAAUUC